UUGCAGGCCGGGCCCUGUUUUUGGCCGCUCCGCGCCUUGGCGUUGCUGUUGCCAUGGUCACGCUGCGGCGGGCAGGCCUGGCUCCAGCGCUCUGUUUCGAGCCGGAGGGAGCCGGUCGCCCCGCCAGCGCGCUCGGCCUGCGACAUGAACAGGUGCGGUGUGCUCUGGGGCUCGGGGACCGCCAGGGCAGCAACCCCGAAGGUAAGAGAUUUCCCACCCCCUUCGCCCGCUGCAGCCCCCUCCCAGGUCUCUGGAAUGCUGGAAGUGAUUGGACCAGAAGGUCAUGUGCAUGUUUCUGUUUAGAUGGGUUUAUUCUAAAAGCCUGCUUGACAUUGUCAAGGCAAAACUCUUUAGAAAGGACAGAUGCCAUAAAGGACCAAAAGUGUAGACAAAAUGGCAGAUUACAAGUGUUUGGUCCAAAAGAAGAAGUGGUUAUUGAACCAAUUCAAACAGUGCCAUGGCAGCAUGGAUGCCAACCAGAAUCUACAAACAAAAUUUAUCCCCCAACAAAACAAAUUGCAUUAUGUGCAGCUAAAUCAACUUUUGAAAAAUGGGACACUUCUGCAAAAAGUAUAAAAAAUAAAAAAUCAUCUAAGAUUCAAGAAACUAACUUAAGAUCCCCCCACUACAUGCAAGAAAAUACAGAUAAAGAGAAAAAUUCCAGAAAUGUAGAAAAGACAGCAAAUAAUGAACUCAGUGCUGAAUUUCAGACAAAUAGUAUUGAUGACCAGAAUAAUGAUGAGCAGCUGUCAGAAACUACGGAUGAUGAUGAAAGUAGCAGUGAACUUGAUGAAAAUGAAGAUAGAAAAAGAAAAGCACCAAUAGAAUUGCUGGGAGAGUUUCUGAAAGCAAUUAUGGAUCAAGAUUACAGUCUCGCAAAAAAACUCUGUCAGAUGAUUCUAAUCUAUGAACCAGAAAAUACUGAGGCCAAGCAGUUUCUUCCAGUUAUUGAAGAAAAGUUGCUGAUAGAAAGUACACAGAAUUGUGCUGAUGAAGAGGAAGAAGAAACGGAUGAAAGAAGCAGUGAGGACAGUGGAGAGGAUACUAGCAGUGCAGGCAGCAGUAAUGAUGGAGAUACAAGUUCUGAUGAUUCUGAUGAAAAUAUAUAGCUGUUUGGUAAUUCUUCUAUACAUCCUCUGGGUUGAUUAUUUUGAUUCUUCUGUACAGUCUCUUUUUAAAUACUAUAUUAAAAAGUGCUAUUUAAUCAUUAUAUCUUUUCUCCCUCUUAAACUGAUGCAUUCUUUGCUUUAUUGAUUGCCUCCAUGUCCACCAGACCAGUGGUUCUCAACUAGGUGUGUAUAUGUACUCCUAGGAGUACACAGAAGUCUUCCAGGAGAUACCUAACUCAUCUAGAUACUUGCCUAAUUUUACAAUAGAUUAUAUAAAAAGCUAAUGAAGUAAAUCUGAACUAAAAUUUCAUAGACAAAAUGAGACAGCAAGCAUUUUUUUCAAUAAUAGUAUGCUGCGACAGUUUUGUGUAUUAUGUGAUUUUUUUGUAAGCAAAUAGUUUAAGUGAGGUGAAAUAUAUUUGAUGCUAUAGACAGAAUUGAUCUCUUAGACAUAACUCCUACAUUUUUUUCUUGUUGGAGCAAUCAAGUUGAUGAAAAGCUACAGUACAUGUCAUCAGUUGAGCAAAGAUUAAAUUUUAUUAAGAAUUUUUUUGCUUUCCAAAUUCAUUAACAUCAGUUCAUAAGAGUAAUUAAACUGUCUAUAGAUCAUUAAAAUAAUCUGUUUUGCACAAUUCUUGUAAGGCUUUGAAUGGGGUAAAAUGUCUCUUUAAAAUAUUAAUAUUAAAAACAUAAGAACAGCCAUACCAGCUCAGACCAGAGAUCCAUCUAGCCCAGAAUCC